AUGCUUAAUGUGAAAGUUGAAGGCGUUUUUUUCUUCUUUCCUUUGUCACAAGAACAUUUUUAUAGCUCGUUCUUUGUCGCGAGGAUAUUCGCCCUGCACGAGAAGCAGAGGCCCAGGGCUGCUUUGCUUUUAAUGAGCCUGUAUUUAUUUGCAAGCAGAUGGAGAAACUGGGUGAUUCGUGGCAUCUUCACAUGGCUUAUGAUUGGCCUGUUUUGCGUGAUCAUCUACGUUGGACCGCUAGCACUGAUGUUUACGACAUUGCUGGUGCAAGUGUGGUGCUUCAAAGAGAUCAUCAACAUUGGCUACUCUGUUUAUCGCAUGCAUGGCCUCCCUUGGUUUAGAUCUCUUUCGUGGUGGUUCCUUAUAACCAGCAACUAUUUCUUCUAUGGCGAAUCAUUAGUGGCUGAUUACUUCAGUGUUAUCUUUUCCAAAAGUGAUUUCAUGCGAUGGCUGAUUGCCUACCAUCGAUUUACAUCGUUUACAAUGUACAUCAUUGGCUUUGUUUGGUUUGUCUUAUCCCUCAAGAAGAGGUACUACAUGCGCCAGUUCUCAUUGUUUGCUUGGACACAUGUGGCCCUGCUGAUUGUUGUGACUCAGAGCUAUCUCAUCAUCAUCAACAUCUUCCACGGCAUGAUCUGGUUCAUUGUCCCUGUUUCCAUGAUUGUCAUUAAUGACGUCAUGGCCUACAUGUUUGGGUUCUUCUUCGGCAAGACACCACUGAUUCAGCUGAGCCCAAAGAAGACCUGGGAAGGAUUCAUUGGUGGUGGCUUUUCCACAAUUAUCAUGGGUAUGCUGCUGUCAUACAUGCUCUGUCAGUACCCCUUCUUUGUUUGCCCUGUGGAAUACAGUGAAGCAGAAGAUAGUUUUAAAUAUGAUUGUGACCCAUCGCCAAUCUUCCGACCGCAAGAGUACAGCUUGCCAGAAACAAUGGCUAAUUUCUCAGCACUGCUUGGAUGGAAGAAAACAGUCACUAUGUAUCCAUUUGUGCUUCACUCGAUUGCACUGUCCUUGUUCAGCAGUGUCAUAGGUCCAUUUGGUGGAUUCUUUGCCAGUGGCUUCAAGCGAGCCUUCAAGAUCAAGGACUUCGGUGAUGUGAUCCCAGGACAUGGUGGGAUGAUGGAUCGGUUUGACUGCCAGUACUUGAUGGCCAGUUUUGUCAAUGUAUACAUCAUGACGUUCAUAUCUGAGACGUCUCCUCAGAAACUAUUGCAAAAG